CUUCUGACGCCGAAUCCUUCUCCUAGGAUGUCAGAAGCCAAAAUUGAAGAGACAGUUUGCGAAGACAGGAUCAGUGCUUUACCCGAAGAUUUGCUUGCGGUGAUACUUUUGCUUCUUCCGAUUAAAGAUGCAGUAGUCACCAUGAUUUUGUCUAAACGAUGGCGCUUUAUCUGGACGAUGUUGCCUAGACUUGAGUACAAAGAAAACAGAGAUGGUGAUGAUUGUUUUCUUGACAAGUAUAAUGAAAGUGAUGAUGUUGAUGAGAGCAAGAAGAGCAUUUGGUGGUUUUUUGAGAAGUCAAUGGAACUCCACAAAGCACCUGUCUUAGCAGCCUUGCUUCUCAAGCUUGGUCCAGGAUGUCCUAGUGAUGCUGAUGUCGGAAAGUGGCUUGCAAAGGCUGUUGAUCGUCGCGUGGCUGUUCUAAAAUUUAAGCUUUGCUGGUCCGCAUCUCCAAUCAGAUUGCCUAAGAGCCUUUACACCUGCGAAACACUCGAGGAACUAACUCUCUCUCACAAGAUUCUUGUGCAUCUCCCUUCUUCUUGUUGUCUCCCCUCGCUCUUAGUUCUUCAUCUUUUACAUGUGGUGUAUAAAGACGAGGCUUCUCUUGUUAGCUUCUUAUCGAGCUGUCCCGUUCUUGAGGUGUUGAGCGUGACACGAAACAAGGAUGACAAUGUGACAAACUUUAGUGUGAAAGUGCCUUCUUUACUGUACUUAUGGUAUGACAAUUAUGGUAGUAUUACGCCACUGUCACUUUCAUAUGACAAGGAUGUAGUAGAUACCGGUAGGUGUCUGGCUAUCGAUACUCCGGCAUUAGUAGACUUUCGAAUCAUUGAUUAUUCAGGAGACUCUUGCUCGACCGAGAUGAUGCCUUGUUUGGAGUAUGCAAAUAUCGAUGUUAGGUCUUUCCCUGAUAUCGACAAUCCCAAAACAACUCUUUCCGCGGUCUUGUCUCUUGAGUUGUUUAUGAGCAAUCAAGUGCUUGUGCGUUGUACCACCAUAAACUUCUCUCGGCUUAUAAAGUUAAUUAUAUUUCCACAUAGAUUAGACUGGUUGAAACCACUCUUACUUUUACUUGAGAAUGCUCCAAAACUUAAAGAUUUUUUGGAAUAUACCUUUAUCCCCCGGGAACGGAUCCCACUUUCAUGGAACCAACCGAGUUCUGUUCCUGGAUGCUUGUCGUCACAACUCGAAAGAUUUGAGUUUAGAGAAUAUGGAAACAGGAAAGAAGAGAAAGAAUUCUUCAAAUAUAUCCUAGCUACCUCUAAGUGUCUAAAGACCGCAACACUCUCUCUGAGACCCAGCUGGUUCGAUCGUGAAGAGCAAGAGUUGAUCAUGGAGGAGUUGAAAGGCAUUCCUAGGGUUUCAACGACAUCUCAGCUUUUGAUCCAAUGA